UUACUCAACUGUAUGAAAUUAGAAGUAGGUUAUGUUAAAUCGAUACUUGCAUUUCCAGAACGAAAUUUGAAGCCUAUAGUGUUGAUUGUUGCGUUAAAACAUGGCCUGUUUCAUAUUACUGUAUACAUUUGUUAUCGUGUUAAACUACGACGCCGUUCUAAGUGAAAAUGUAUACUGGAUGAAUAAGUACUUUGAUAGAAGUUCUGAAGUUGACCCUGAACCAGUACUCCCAUAUAUAAAAGCGGAAAAACCAAAUAAUUCUCCAGAGCCACUGGAUAAUAACAAAGAAAGUAUAAAACCAUUCUCCAAUUCUAAAAAUGAAGAGGAGGAAGAGGCAGAAGUAGUUCUCAAUCAAAUGUUAAGAGUUUUACAGCGAUACUUCGCAAGGAAACCGCCUCAAAAUAAAAUUUCAAACAAGUUCCCGUUUGAUUCGAAACGUGGUCCCAACCAAAAUAUUGCAUGGUCUUAUUAUGAUGAUGUGGGCAAAUAAAAACUGAUUAUGAA